AGAGUCUCUAGAGAGAUGCGGGAGCCAGUGUCCCUAGAAGAAGUGGGGAGACACGGUGGUAGAGGAUCUUCAGGAGUGGGAGGAGCUGAGGGGCCUGCAAGGAGGGUGGCUUGGAGGAGAGGGGUCUCUCAGAACUGCCCUUCCUUCCAGGAAGUGAUUAAUUGGUACCCAGGAAGGGAUGAAUUGGCACCUGGGGUGAACACUCCUGAGCCAGAGGGCCCCUCUGAGUCCCCGAAUAACAAGGCCGUCCUGAUCAACGCUUGUGAGCGGGGCUGUCGGCUUUUCUCCAUCUGCCGCUUUGUGGCCAGGAGCUCUAGGCCCAAUGCCACAGAGACAGAAUGUGAAGCAGCCUGCACCGAGGCUUACGUGAAGGCAAAGGAGCAGCAGGCCUGCAGUGAAGGGUGCUGGGGCCAGAUCCCUGAACCUGAGACCCAGCUGGAGCAGAAGGAAUUGGCUUUGGACCCACCUAGUGGGAGCCUCUCCCUGCGGCACCUGUUCACCAUGCUCUGCAGUGACCUUAUGAGUUCUGCCCAGGACUUCAUAUCCUCCACCUGGACAUACUCCCUUCAGACAGACAACCGGAAGGUGGUGGUGUUCCAGACCCAGCCUGUGGUUGAGAACUUUGCAUUCCAAGGGAGCCGUCUGCAGCGGGUGGAGGUGACCUGGAGGGGGUCCCACCCCAAGGCCCUAGAGGUGCACAUGGACCCUAUGGGCCCCUUGGAGAAAGUGAGGAGGGCGAAGCCCCACCUGAAGACCAGCAAAGCCAAGGUGGAGUCUGAGGACCAACAGGAGAGUGACUUCCUCAGUUGCAUGUCCCGGCGUUCCGGGCUACCUCGAUGGGUCCUGUUCUGUUGCCUCUUCCUCUCCGUCCUGAUCAUCCUGUGGCUGAGUUGCUGCACUCUGGUCACCACACCAGGCCAGCACCUCAAGUUCCAGCCUCUAACUGCAGAACAGUACAAAGGCCUCCUGGUGGAGUCCAACUGGCCCUUGUACCCGCCCCUGCCACCUGCUUAUGAGGACAGCCCCCCGCCAUACAAGUUGAAGCUUGAUUUGACCACGCUGUAAUCUGGUCUUUUUCCAAGUACAGGGGCCUCGCCACGUUCACUUACUCUGUACCCUAAAGUCCAAGGUCAGGGUGGAGUCUUACCUCCCUCUCUUGCUAGCACAUCCCUCGGUUCCCUUGAGACAAACGGACCUAAGUGGCAGGGAGAAGGGGAUCUGGCCUCCCCGCCCCGUCUUGCUUUCCCAGGGCUGGUUCACAUGUUCUAACUAUGGAACUUCAUCCGUGUUGCUUUCUUUUUCUUCCUCUGUGUCCUCACUGUGGGCCUGAGGUCUUAGGGGUUCCCCUCUGCUAAGGUUCUUUCUCUUUAUCUCUGGAAACCCAAGGCAGAUGGUGGGAACUCCAUCCCGAGAGGGGGAUAAGGAGACAUGAACCUUUAAAUAAAUCGAAUAAAGAUAGGUUGGCCGA